UUCAUGUGUUGUGUUGUGACAGUCUGUAAAGACUAGCUUCAUCUGGACAGUAGUUGUUGACACAGAUAACCUCCUCUCUAUUACGUCCAGCAACACAAACAUGUCCUCGGCGGAGGUAGUUCUGGGUUUCCUGGAGGAAGCUGAGCCUUGGCGGCUUCUGUCCCCGCAGUUUCCCAGUAAAGUCGGAGGGAAACCGGCGUGGCUCAGCGAGAGAGGCCUGCCCUCACUGCCCGAACUGGAGUGUGAGAUAUGCCAUCUGCCAAUGGCCUUCUUGCUGCAGGUAUAUGCACCAAUUUCUGGUCAGGACAGAAGUUUCCACCGAACACUCUUUCUGUUCUGCUGCAAGACCUAUGAGUGCUACACAUGUAACGACAGCCGCUGUAUGAAAGUUUUUAGAAGUCAGCUACCUAGGAGGAAUGAGUUCUACCCUUAUGACCCUCCUCCAGAGGAUGAACCCCCCAGCGACCCUGAGCCACAUCAGUGUGUGUUGCCCAUGUCUGGAGUUAAGCUUUGCUGGGUGUGCGGCUGCCCUGGAAGCAAAGCCUGCUCCCGCUGUCACACGGUGACCUACUGUGGAAAGCACCACCAGACCCUCCACUGGAAACACACGCACAAGAGGGAGUGCUGCAGCCAAGAUGCUCCCAUUGUCACCGCCUCCCCCUUCCUCUUCCCUGAGUCUGAGCUGGUCACUGAGCCUGAGGAGGAGGAGCAAGACGAGAAGGAGGAAGAGAAAGACACAAAGGAGGCAGGAGAAGGAGAGGAGGAGGGUGCAGAUUGUCCCUCCUUAGCAGACACCCUGGCAGAGACAGAUCUGGAGGAGAUGGCUAUGCAUGAGACUGAAGACAUCAAAGUGUUCCAACGGUUUAAAAAGAAGACUGCACCAGAACCACACCAGGUGGUGCGUUACAGUCGAGAGGGCUCUCCCUUGUGGGUCUCUUCUCAGCACAUCCCUUCAGAUCAGGAUAUCCCACCAUGCAGCUGUGGUGCCAAGAGGACCUUUGAGUUUCAGGUGAUGCCCCAGCUGUUGAACAGUCUGAAUGUGGACUCGACAGGAGCCAGUAUUGACUGGGGGACGCUGGCUGUCUACACAUGCUCUGCCAGCUGUCACAGUGAUGACCAGUACUGUCCCGAGUUCAUUUGGAAACAGGACUUCAGCUCAGAACAACACACACAGAUUAAACGUACAUGAUGUACGUGUGCUGCUGGUCAGAGAAAAGGACACACUGAUGCAUGUGAAAACUCAGACACUGAGGAAACUGUUUUUACCCUCACUGGAUUUAAUCACACUUUGGAGUGAUUUCACUCUGCAUCUAAUUUAGCUAAAGGUUCAGAUCAUUAAAGAGGGGUUCUGGGUGCAGCCCAGCGCUCAUGGCUUCCUGUAACGUCCAUCUGGUUAUAAGAACAUCAGUGAUACUUCUGACCUGAUUGUUUAUAAACAGAAAAUAUGACCCUGUGCCUUAUCAUCACACAGAAGUUUUUAAUAAAGCUGUCUGAAAGUUAA